GAAAAGAGUCCGAAACAAAAGAAGGUCUUUGUUGACUUGGGUUGACAUAAAAAUGGCGACUUCGAUGAUUCAGAGAUUGUUCAAGCAAGGCACAAAGAUCGUCGGCGUUGGACUCAAUUACGCUUCCCACGCCAAAGAACUUGGCAAUGCCCUUCCAAAGGACCCGAUUGUGUUCUUGAAGCCAACCUCUUCGUACCUUGAAAACGGUGGAACAAUAGAGAUCCCACAUCCACUGGAUUCACUUCACCAUGAAGUGGAACUUGCUGUAGUAAUUGGACACAAGGCAAGAGAUGUCCCAGAACGGUUAGCCAUGGAUUACAUUGGAGGAUAUGCGCUUGCUCUUGAUAUGACUGCUAGGGAACUCCACGUUUCUGCCAUGGCAUCUGGUCUCCCAUGUACGCUUGCUAAAGGACAGGAUACCUUCACUCCCAUCAGCUCCGUUCUACCAAAGGCAAUGGUGCUGGAUCCCAACAACCUGGAACUUUGGCUUAAGGUCGAUGAUGAGACAAGACAGAAAGGUUGGACAAAGGAUAUGAUCUUCAAAGUCCCAUAUCUCAUCAGCUACAUAAGUUCUGUAAUGACCCUUUUCAAAGGAGAUGUUAUAUUGACAGGUACACCAGAAGGUAUAGGACCUGUAAAGAUUGGUCAGAAGAUAACCGCCGGAAUCACCGGUCUUUCUGAAGUUCAAUUCGACGUCGGUAGGCGGAUAAAGCCAUUGUUGAGAUAGUGUUUUGUGAAUCUUUUGUUGUAUAAUCUUACAUUUAUAAGAGCAUUUGACCUAAUUUCUCUUGCUAUUUAUCAUAUCUUGCUGACCUUUUUGUAAUGAUACAUGUUAACAUUCAACUAAUUUGCCAAUGAUUUCUUUUAUUUGUCACAAAAAUAGCUAAUUAAGUAAUUGAAUUAAU